AUGACUUCGUUUUCUACUCACCCUCAGCAAUAUGGUAUAGACACGGGCGUCUUCAGCGGCGCGCAAGCCUAUAAGCCUCACGAGUUCGGCCAUCCUCACCAAGAAGCCCCGCCGCAACCCACAGAUCCGUUCUGGUGGCAACAUCCAAGUUGGACAAUGCCUAACCAGAACUCAUAUUACUACCCUGGAUAUGGCUUCUUCGAUCGCCCCCUUUACCUCGACUACGCAACGGACGGACGGCCAGUAGUCGUCGGAUAUGGCCGCAAACUCUCCGCCAAGCAAGGCAGUGGCAGGAACACGCCCAUGCAAAAUCACAUCAUGCGGAUGGUGUCCGUAUAUAACGGCGAUGACUUUGUGCAGAAAAUUCCUUUGAAGCUCUUAUUUCGCUUCUCGGACGCUGCGCGCCAGGCAUUCCCCAAGCCGCCCAAGGGCGCCGAUUCUCAGCGCAAUUCACAGGCCACUCAAGCGGACAAUGAGCAGGAUGCCGUAGCUUCUGCUUCAAUGAGGCUGAGUCCGGACGCUUCAAGCAAGUCUACCAGUUGGGCCGACGAAGUCAGCAGCAUCGUCAGUACGAAAGGCGGCCCAUCUCCCGUCAGCACAGAAUCGGUUGCUCGUUCCUCCGCAGACACAGCGUUCACAGACUUCACCUACACCAAGCCUGCCAUGAGGGCAUCUCCGGCUAGAAGUCAAAGUCCCGCGCCCUUCGUCAGAACAAUCCCUCGGGACGCGCACGGCCAUAGGAUGCUCAAGCUCGAUUUGCAAGCAAAGGAGAUGCCGACCAACCAAGCCGUUGCAGAUGUACUCAAGUGGAUGAAAGACAACGAGGACGUGCCGCGCGAUGGCCGGUUGCUCGAGUUCGCUCCGCCGAACCUCGACGACGUUCUGCUCGAGAACCUCGUGGAUUACUAUCAGGCGGUUUUGGCGUUAGGCAUGAUGCCAUUCCCGCACAGGCUGAGGAAGGCGAUUCUCGACCGCAUCACACGCGAGGGUAUUGACUUCGAAACUUUCCGCAACAUAACCGGAUGGGUCCCUUCCCAGGAUGUAGUCGUGACGCGCGCGAUCAAUGUCUACCUGAACCUAAAGAAGCGAGGGGCUUACACAUCCGAAGAUUUGCGUCAGUUUGAGCAUGUGCUGUCACAGCCUGACAGCGAGGAGUUGCAGGCCAAGGUGGAGGAAAUCAGGAACACUCGCGAAGUUGGGCCGGAAGAACUCUACGCCGAAAAGCGGCAGCAAGAGUUUGGCAAAGGCAGCUCGAGCCCUGCGGAGCCUACGAGCUCAAGUGCAAGUGGCCGAGGAGAAUCCUCAGACGCCGGAAAGCCGGACGGCGCAGAUCAGCCAAAGACUGGCCGCCGGCGUCGAAGACGUGAUCAGCAGAAAGAGGGCACCCAAAAAGGCAAUGGCAGAGGAUUGGAGGGAAGACAUGUGCCCGGUGCUGAUUGA